UUACAUAAUAUUUGACGUUUUACGUUUCAUUCGGACGGUGAAGUGCUACUGGAGAAAUCUAAGAAAAUACUUUGUCGUAUUUCCUCUUAACCGCAGGGAUCCGUUUACUGUCGUAAUAAUGGCUUCACGUAGAAUCGCUCAGUCCAGUGUCAACUGGGCGGCAUUGGCCGAGCGUGUUCCUCCGAGCCAGAAACCUAACCUCGCCGUUUUCAAGACGAUGAGUGAUAAAUACUUGCGGAGCGUUUUGGCAAAUCCGGAAAAUCCGCCAAAACUCGAUUGGGCGUAUUAUCAAAAAAAUGUCCCCAUUGCUGGAAUGGUGGAUAAGUUUCAGAAGGCGUAUGAAGCUUUGCAGAUCCCGUACCCGGCUGAUACUGUGACUGCACAAAUUGAGGCCCAGGAAAAGCAGGUUAAAGAGGAAAUCGUCAAAUUCAUCAAGGAGUCCGAAUCCCGCAUUGCCGAACACCAAAAACAGAUUGCUAGUUUGAGAGCCCUCUUGCCUUUCGACCAAAUGACAAUGGAAGAUUAUCGUGAUGCGUUCCCAGACCAAGCUUUGGAUCUACAAAAUCGCCCAUCGUUCUGGCCACAUACUCCGGAGGAGCAGGAUCUUACUCAACCGAAGGCCGAACAUCAUUAGAGCUUCCAAGAAAUUGCAGAAACACAGUAGUCAUAUGAUUUCGGAAGUCAAUCAGAGAUACAAAUACAAGCUGCUCAUGUGUAGCCCACUGUAA